AUGUACAUUCCUCAUCCAGAAAAUGGCCAAAUAAUUUAUCUCCCAACUGAACAAAUUAUUUCAGAAUAUGAAGUUUCAGUAAAAUUUUGGAAAAACGGGGAACAAGUUUCUGAAAUGGGAAUAAAAUGUUCGGCUCAAAAACACUGCGAAUUAAUUGAGUGUACAGUUUGUAUACAAAUGCUCACUAACCCUCAAUGCACGCCAAAGGAAUGGAUAAUCAUAUUAGUCUUAGGCCUUUACUUCAUCUUGGGAUUUUUGAUAAUGAUUUGUAGAAUUUUAAAAUUUGGCCUGGGAGGGAUGCUUUGCAUUAUGCGACACAAAUGGAGGCUUUGUAAAAUUAUCGGGGUACUUUAUGGAUAUGUCACCCCCCCUCCUAUUUUGAGUCUCAGAGUUUUCCUUAAACGUAGAAAAUGGUCAGAGAUUAUUUUUUUCUCCAUGUCAAUCAUUUUUUUCUUCUUCAAGUAUUUUGCCUGUUUAUUUUGCCUUUUCACAUAUUUUGUACUUACAUUUCACUCAUUUCGAUUCUACAUUUACCACAUUUCACUUAUUUUGCUUGAAGAAAGAAAAAUGAUUGACAUGGAGAAAAAAAUAAUCUCUGACCAUUUUCUACGUUUAAGGAAAACUCUGAGACUCAAAAUAGGAGGGGGGGUGACAUAUCCAUAAAGUACCAUUAUCGGAAAACUUUUUAGGCGCAGAGCCAGAAAAGAAAAAGCAGAAUUUACAGAAUUUAAGCCCUUUACUAAAACUUACAAAACCAACCUUCCAAGAGAAGUAAUAUUGAUAACUUUACUCUUACUUGCUUUGCCAAUUCAAAGCUUAGAGAUAAUCAACGCCAAGGAUGAACAUUGUAUUGUAAACAAAGAAGGGCAACGCACAUGUUCGUAUGAAAACGUGUUGGAGCUCAACUUUGGUUUACAAUCUCAAAAUGGUCAAGAAGCGCAAAUUAUUCUACAGGAUUCCGGAAAUAGACCCACGGGGAAAAUUACUUUAAAAAUAAAUGCCAUACAAGCAGUAUGUUUCCGAUCAGCUAAAUUCUUUACAAGAGAUUUCGAAUUAGGAGCAAAUUCAGUUUAUUUGUGUAGUGGAGAAGGUUCUUGUACCUCUCAGCAAAAAUGUGAAACUCUUGGGGUAAAUGAGAGCAUAAGUGAAAUUCCUAAAUCAAACCAUUUACCCGGCACUUCUGGAUGUCUCGAUCCUUGUAAAGGACAACUUUUUUGCCAAAAUUGCUACUAUUCUAGUUACACAUGCCUAUUUUUCAGAUGUUUCGCA